AUGGUUAGACCUGAGAAAAGGGGUGGCAGAGGUGCUGGUGGCAGUGGAGAAGCCCAAGCACAAGGCCGAUCCCGUGAUACCGCCAUGGCGCCCGUGCAACCUACUCUUGGACCUUCUAGGGAUGAACCAAGAGUGUUCGGGCUUGACAAGUACAACAGUGACAACUUUGCUGAGGGAUCCUUCAAGAUGGAGAAUACAUUUGACUACUAUGACUUGCUAGAGGUGAUGGAAGAAACGGAGAAGCGCCCCGAGAACGACCCGAAAAAGAGCCCGUGGGCGCGGAAGAGUGCACGAGGCUAUCUCCUACUUGGGCAAGCGUUGGGGAGCAGCCAGAUCCGUCACAUCAAGCCAUUCCAGCAUAAAUUAGAGAAGGGACCAAAGGCAUGGGCUGCUCUCAAGGGUGUACACACUCCUACAUCAGCGGCGGUAGUAGUGGUGUUGGAAUGGCAAAUUGCAACACUACGAAUCGAAGAAAAUGAGGCUGUUGAAGAAGGGGUGCAGAAAUUCUUCGACUUGCUGACGUGGCUUGAGGGAGCUGAUCUUAACUAUAGUGGGCUCCAAAACAAUACCAACUCGCUUGCUUUACUUCCGGAGUUAUGGUCCUCGCUCAUCAUCAACCUCAAUCGUGACUUGCCCCGCCUCUCUCUUGAAGACGUGAAGCGAGCAUUCCUUCAAGAGGAUUUCCGCCGCCAUGAGUUGGCGGGUGUGGAUGGCACUGGGGUAGCAAGCAUCGGCCGUGGAUAUGGCCGUGGAAGGGGCAGAGGACGAGGAGGAGGCAGGUUUGAUGGCAGCAACUUCAAUGGAGGCCGAGGGAAUGGCGGUUACGGCAGCGACGACAAGAGCUACGGACGCGGUGAAGAGGGUAGAGGAGCAGGUGGAGGGGGAAGAAGAGGCCGUGGAGGCCGUGGCGGUCGCGGAGGUGGUGCUGCAAAUAUGAAGAGUGGAGACAACGGGAGCGAGUCGAGGGACGAUUGCUUUUCGGGCCAAUUAUUCUUCGUCUCGACGCAAGCACCUGCUGGACCAGAGAUUGUUGAAGGCUUUGAGGAUCCAGAAGCUGUGGGAAAGGUCACCCUAAACUCCCUGGACUUUUGGGUGAUCGAUAGCGGCGCUACCUAUAGCAUGACACUUCACGCCGACUUGCUCACCGAACUCGAACCGUCACCGGUAAAGCAUGUCACAACGGCUCUGGGGCAGCGAGCAGAGGUGAAAGGCAUGGGCAAGGCCAUGUUCAAGGGUGCUGAUGGGAAGAUGGUGGGCCUCAAGAACGUUCUUUGA